GCGCGCGCGAUUUUCCAUAUUUUGUUUUAAUAACAACAACUGAUAUUGCAUACUAUAUAUCGCAUAUAGACAUGGGCUGCGCCAGCAGCACUCCCAUGGUGGCAACAGCAGGCAGUGAAAUGCUAAAAGCCGCCACACAUGUGGUCGAGGAUGUGAAGCAGCAGGGCGAAGCUGUCGUCGAAGACGCCACACAGGCGCUGACUACGAAGCUGGAAGGAGCAAAGGAAAGCGUUGGCAACGCUGUCGCAGGCAUAAGCAGCGAGCUGGGCAAUGCUAUUAAAGAAGGCGCCGAUGGCUUGGAGGAGGCAAAGCACAAAGUGCUGGAGGGCUUGCAUCUGGAGAGCAAGGAGGAUCAGCCGCUAAGCAACUCCAGAGCGCCUACGCCCGCUUUGGCUGCAGAUGCGGACAGUUUGAAAACUUCAACGCCCGAGCCGGAAAUAGAACGCGCAUUGGCCAAUGAGGAGGAGGCGCCAGCCACGCCCAAGCCUACGCUGCAAGAGCUGGCAGAGCUUAAACCAAACGAAGCAGCCGCAGACGCCGCCGCAGCAGCAUGUCAACACUUGAACCAUAACGUAGAUAAACGCUGCACCCAACCAAUGAAGUCAAGUAGCUUUUUCAGUCGCUGGUAUCGUCGUGCGGAGCAAACAGAAGCUGAACGUCCCAGCACUACCGAAUGGGAGAAGCUAGCGGAUCAGCUGGCCAAGAGCCGCAAGUUCAAGCCCUAUGAAAGUUUUAUACACAGCCAAAAUCAAUUUUCGGUCUAUAAGGACUACACAAGUCUGCGCGACAAGCCGCUGCACUAUGACGGACACUUUAGCGAUGGCAGCACUUCGCACUCGCAGUCGGAUUUGUCCAGUGGGCAGCCAACGCCAGCAGCGCCGCGUCGUCAUGCAGAGCGCGAAUAUGCAAAGUUUGUGGCCGCUGAGCAGGCGGCGAGCGUUUCGCGCAGCAGUUCGCGACUAUCGCAGAGCAGAACUUUUGAUUUUAAUACGCAGCGUGAGCGCGUGAAUUUGCCGCGACGCAACAGUCGCGUGGACUCGGCGUUAACCAGAAAGUCGCUGUGGGCGAGAGAGCAGCCUGCAGUGCUGGAGGAGGCACCGCCCAGCAGCAGCGGCAGCUUAAGGCGAAAUGUGCGACGUGGCUCAGUGCAAAAGGCGCUGCAAUCGCCGCAGUUGCCGCUGUUAAAGUCUGAGCGCGCCAGAGAGUUUUCAGCUCAGGGCAAAAGCAGACGCUCGAGUGAACCAGUGCAAAGAAACUUGGAAUAUAUAAAGGCGGAGGAGCUGACUAGACAUAGUCCUGGCAGGCAGCAAGGCUCACUUGAUGGUGAACUAAGCGCAGCUCAGCUGCUAGCCACGCCCAUUGCAGUUGCAACGCUAUUCAACGGCCAAGCAAACAACGAGCACAAACCGUUGACAACUUUGGCUAAGCGCACAGCAAAUUUCAUAGCAGCUGAACGCUCAAGCGCUAAGCCAGCCACGCCCCUGCACAAUGCACGCCCAACAACAACUGCAGCUCAAGCGAACAACAACAAUUCACCUGUUGCUGCUGUUGCUGAAUCACGUUUAGCUAGCGCCAGCAGCAGCAGCAGCAGCAGCUCUGAGGUUGUCAUACAUCCUUUAAGUCAUCUGAAUACGCCCAGCGCCAUAUCCAUGUCACCCGAUCCAGUCAUGAUGACCGCCUAUGCCGAUGCCGACUUGGAGGCAGCGCUGGCACGCCUUGCCGACUGGCGUGGCUCCAGCUCCACGCUCCAAUCUCUACGGCCCAGCAGCCAAGCGUUGCGUCAAUCGCCCUGGCUUAGAUCACAAAAAGAGCAGCACAAUAAUAAUAAUAAUAAUAGUAAUAGUAAUAGUAAUAGCUUUAAGGAUUACCAACGCGCUGUCUACUCCAGUUGUGCCUCGCCUGCCUGCGCAGCAAGAGCAACAACAACAGCAAUGAAGAGCGCCAAGCUGCUGGAGCGCUGCGAAAUUUGUUGUGAAGAAUUUGUGAUGAACUAA